GUGCUAAAAUUUUACUUUCUAAAGAAAAAAACAAAAUUAUUUUUUAUAUAAAAAUGUUUUGCAAAACAAUAAAUUAAGAAAAAUUAAAAAAAAAAAUCUUAAAAAAAAAAUUCCUCUAACCACCUGCCCCCCACUCCAAAUAAAAAUGAGCUCUUCCCAGGAAAUAAAUAAAGAAUCUAAAGAAUCUUUAGACAAUAGUGGACUCUCAUUAUUUGAUCAAUUAAAAAAUAGUAAAGAUCAUAACAGUGUCAAUAAGGUGGCAACUUUAAAAACAUCUAAAACCUUAGAAGAUAUACCAAAGCAUGAAAUAAUAGACAAUACAGCAGAAAAUUUUAAUAAAAUUCCUAUAACAACUUCAUCAUCAUCAUCAUCAUUAGUGUCGGCCCUAGAAAAGCCUGAAUUUUAUCCACCUUCUUUGCCCGCCAGCCAGAGUUCAUUAUUGUCCUCUUGUGGUCUUGGUAUUGUUGCGUCUAAUAAACGUCAUAACAGUCAAACAAAUUUAUUUAAUUCCCGGGAUUUUCAAACAUUACCACAAUCCCUUAAAAGAUCUCAACAAAAUGCAACAAAAAAGUCUGCUUUGUCGUCUUCAUCAAAAGUUUUAGGAAAUUUAUUGUCUUCAACAUCCUUAACAUCAUUAUCGUCGUCAACAUCAUCAUCAGCAUCGUCGUCUUUAUCAUCUUUAGCAGCCGGAGUUGCAGCAGCUGCUCUUUUAAAACCUGCUUGUUUAGCUGGAGAUCAAACGCAUCUCCAUCAUAAUCAUCAUCACCAUCAGCAUCAUCUUCAACAACAACAACAUAAUAAAAAGAAACGUUGCACCGAUCGUUAUGAUUCAUCAGAAUCUUCUGACAGGUAAGUUAAUUAAAUAAUUGCUUUAUUUUGCCAACAAAACAAAUUCCAGGUAAUUACACUUUUAAACAUUCUCCAGGAAUUAUAUAUAUUUUUUGCACCAAUUAAACAAAACUCACCUUA